CAUUGUUUUCAGAAAUACAUUGUUGACCAAUUUGGCUUUUACCUUUUCCUAACUUGAAUUUAGUAUGCCCUCUGAUUAUUACUGUACAGGCAAGAUGAGAAGAAUGGCUUGCCUUCUUCAAUCAUGGCAAGAGAGAAGUAUCCCAAGCCCCUGGUCAUCCAUGAUGGCAGACUGGCCUUUUUGCCUACUCCAAUGGCCUCCUUGACUAUGUUUCUAUGGAUUCCUUUUGCCUUCCCGCUAGCCAUCUUCAGAAUCGUAAUCGUCUCUCUCCCCAUGAAGUUUGCUAGAGCAAUAGCAGCCAUGGAUGGUGUGCAGAUAAGAGUCAAGGGGCUUGACAGAGUAGACAGAAACGCCUAAAAGGGUGUUCUCUAUGUCUGCUCACACAGGACUCUGCUGGACCCUGUGAUCCUCAGCAGUGCAUUUCAAAAACCACUGUCAGCAGUGACCUACAGCGUGAGUAGAACCUCUGAGAUCCUCUCCCCUAUCAAAACAGUGAGGCUAACAAGAAACAGAGAGAGAGAUGCAGAGACCAUGAACAGGCUGCUGAAGGAAGGGGACUUGGUGGUGUGCCCAGAGGGCACCACAUGCAGAGAGACCUACCUCUUGAGAUUCAGCUCACUGUUUGCAGAACUGGCUGAUGACAUAGUCCCUUUGGCCAUGAACACAUCUGUGAGCAUGUUCUAUGGCACAACAGCCAGUGGGUUCAAGGUUUUGGACCCAUUGUUCUUCAUGAUGAACCCUUCUCCUGUGUAUGAAGUGGAGAUAUUGGGGUUGCUGACUAGAUUACCAACAUCUACACUUACUGCUCAUUAGAAUAUUAAGCUGAUCCAAAGUUCAAACUCAAAAAUAUAGCUCUUGACACUUGAAUCUCAUCAAUAGGUAUUCUUUCACAGUAUCCUUUACCCUCGUUGAAGUAGCCAUACAGAGGAUCCCAUGUUAUCAACACUAAACCUAUCACAACUGAAUGAUGUGAUGUCACAUAAAGUGACAAGAGCCUAGUGCAGCAGUUAUAUUAUGGCCCAAGUAUUGGCAUGUGACGCAGAUAUGUAAGAACCAGUAAAAAUUAAAAAUUUGUUGCAAAUAAUCCCAAAGGAAAACAAGAGAUUAACAGCAGAUUCUCAGUUCUUUCAGUAAACCUUCUGCAAUACUUUGUAAACCUGCAGAAAUUUGAAAGACUGAUUGCGUGUAAUGCACAAUAAGCCUUCAGAAUCACAAUAACAAAAGGACAGACUUAUAUUUAAGACCCCCAAAAGCUGACCGAACCUACUCAUGACCCUCCUUGAAAGCAAAAGAAACAUGUUUCAUCCUAACCAUGCUGGAAAUAACUUUUUUUUUUUUCUCCAACCAUGCCUCAUUCGGUAUCCCCUUUCAAACAAAUCUGCAUCCCUCUUCAAAGAAAACCCUUGAACCAGAGAGGACAAAGAAGACGCCAAAGAGGGAAGGAAAAGAGGGAAAACAUGCAACGCUUGUAGGAGAUGCUGCGUCGGUUCACGAAGAAGAAGAACACCAUAAAACCCCUCUGCCGCCACCGGAAAUGCGUGCUGAAAAUUGGCCGAGGGAGAGACAGGGGGCAGAAAAAACGAGCAGAAAGAGAGAGAGAGAGAGAGAGAGAGAGAGAGAGAGAGAUUGACUAUCACCAUCGCAA